AUGGGCAAACGGAAUCGGACAAGCUUAUUACCAAACAACCUCCCUCAGCUCCAAAAUUUAAUAAAACGGGAUCCUCUUUCGUACAGGGAGGAUUUCCUACAACAGUACCGACACUUUGAAUCGCAAUUGACCAUUUUUCAGCUGAAACCGGACGAAGAGGAGGAAGAAUUUGUUUCCGACAUAAAAAACUCCAAUGCUAAACACAAAAACAACAAACUCAACAAAACCUUACAAGGCUUCAUGUACACGAUCCUUCAGACCACCAAUAAUAAUGAUUCGCCUGAGAAUGGAGUGGUUGCCAAGAGAAGUUUGGAUGUCUGCAUUCUUCUGUUCGCUAGGAACGACGCCAAAACCGUUAACGUUAUAGCGGAAGCAUGUUUCCAUUCUGUAACAAAGAUAAAAGUAUCUGCUAUACAAUUUUUCCUGGGAUCCAAUCAGGAGAAUUAUGAUGAAUAUAGUGACGACGAAGAGAUAAAUCUUCCAGACAUAAAAAGAUUGAAACACAUAAAUCUCAUAAAUAAAAGGAAAAAGUCAAAGUUAAGGAAGUUAGAAAAGGCGAUGGCGACAAUUAAGAAAAAGGAUAAAAAAAAACACAAAGCCGAAAGAUUUAAUUUUUCAGCAUUUCAUCUAUUAAAUGACCCUCAAGGGUUCUCCGAAAGACUAUUCUCUUCGCUUCAGAAAUCAAUCAACACGGAUCGAUUCGAAGUAAAACUGAUGACCAUGAAUCUCAUCUCUCGAAUAGUCGGUGUUCACAAACUGAUAUUACUAAGUUUCUACAGCUAUCUGAUUCGUUACAUACAACCUCAUCAACGUGAUGUGACUAUGGUACUGGCCAUCCUAGCUCAGGCUAGUCAUGAACUGGUACCGCCAGAUGUGUUGGAGCCGGUGGUGAAAGCUAUUGCGAAUAAUUUUGUCACCGAGCAUUGCGCCGGGGAAGUCAUGGCAGCAGGUUUAAACGCCAUAAGAGAAAUUUGCGUUCGCCAACCAUUGGCAAUUGAUGCUACUCUGUUGCAAGAUCUGACCGAGUAUCGUUCGGAUAAGGAUAAAAGUGUGAUGAUGGCCGCAAGGUCACUGAUUGGAUUGUUUAGAGAAAUUAAUCCGGAAAUGUUGAAUAGGAAAGACAGGGGUAAAAUUGCAAGUACGAAGAUGAAUGAUAUUAAGCCAUUGAAAUUUGGUCAAUUACGCGUCACCGAACAAAUCGAGGGAAUCGAGUUGUUGGAGGAAUAUAAAAAAAAGAAUGUGCAAAGAGAAGACAUAGAGAAUGGAUGGGAGGUGGCUUCGAAUACUUCGUCUGAUGACGACGAAGAUUGGAUUAAUGUUUCUUCAGACGAUGACAGGGAUCUCGUUAUUCGUGAUUAUAGCGAUGACGAGCAAAAUGAUGUUUCAGAUGAUGUGAAAAUCGACGAAGAAAAGAAAAAUUCAACAUUGGCUACGACCGAACUUCUUACCCCGGCAGAUUUCGCCAAGUUGAAUGAACUUAAAACGGAACGCGAGGCCGAAAUAAUGGUUAAUGGUGGUAAACGCAAGAGGAAUAUGUUUCAGCAGGAACCCUCAGACAUUGUCAAUGUCAAUGAAAUUACGGGCCCUCGUAAGAAAGCUAAACAAGAUUACGAAGAACGUGUCGAAUCCAUAAAGACUGGUAGAGAAGGUCGUGAUAAAUACGGGGGUCCCAAGAAAGGCAAGAAAAUUGAGGGUUCGAGCACUACCAACAAAGAAAAGGCUAGAAACAAAGCUUUUAUGAUGGUAAUACACAAAAAGAACAAGAUGAGUAAAAAGAAAAUAAGUCUAAGAGAUAAACAGGGCGAUCGUCUUAAGACAAAAGAUGGUAAUAUGAGAAAUGAUGAUUACGCGAGACACGAGUAA